AUGUUGAAAAAUCUUGCCCUUGGCCUUUUGGCUGCCCACAGCGCUGCCGCUAUGCGGUUUGCGAUGUAUGUUGAUGAAUAUCACACUACGGAUCUUCCUGGCACAAACCAAACAACAGAUAUCGAUUAUGCCAUCAUGGGAUUUGCUCCGUCGAAGAUUUUCAACUCCGACUCAACUCCGUCUUUCACUCCCUUCGAGUCUCCUGAAACUAUGCGCAAGCGCUUCAGCCCCAACACCAAGUUGAUGAUUGCCAUCGGCGGAUGGGGAGAUGAGUCUGGCUUUUCCGAUGCCGCAAAGGAGGCCUCCACUCGCGAGCGCUACGCAAAGAACGUGGCGGCAAUGCUGGAUGCCAACGGAUUUGAUGGUGUCGACAUCGAUUGGGAAUAUCCGGGUGGCAACGGCCAGGACUACAAGCAAGUCCCCAACUCAGAAAAGACCAGCGAACUCGAGACCUACCCCGAGUUCCUGGCUGCUGUUCGCAAGGAAAUCGGCAACAAGACUCUCUCCAUCGCCGUCCCAGGACGCAAGGCUGAUCUGCUUGCUUUCAACAAGGACACUGGCCCCAAGAUCUGGAAGUCCGUUGACAUGGUCAACGUUAUGAGUUACGAUAUCAUGAACCGCCGCGACAACGUCACCAACCAUCAGUCUGGUGUGGCAGACUGCUUGGAUCUCGUCGAGACCUACAUGGGCAUGGGCCUUGAGGCUGAGAAGAUCAACCUUGGCUUCGCCUAUUACGCCAAGUGGUUCACUACCGACCCCAAGUCCGACUGUGAUGCCAACCCUCUCGGCUGCAAGGUCGUGAAGCUGGAGAACGACGACGGCUCCGAUAAUGGCAAAUCCGGCGCUCUCACCUUUGAGGCUAGCACUGUCUCCUCCCCACCCGCCAACUUAAAAAAUAGCACCAAUGGCAAGUGUGGUUUUGGCGAGGGCUCCAAGUGCCCUGAUGGACAAUGCUGCAGUGCUUACGGAAACUGCGGAUCUGGUGAUGACUUCUGCCAGGCUGGCUGUCUCUCCGACUACGGUACAUGCAAAGGCAUCGACAUCACUGACUCCUGGCGCCGCGCCCAGAAGGAUGGAAAGACCGAUGACAAGGGUGGUGGCCAGUACUACUGGGAUGCUAAGGUUAACCUCUUCUGGACCUGGGAUACACCUGAGAUGAUCGCCCGCAAGUUCACUGAGAUUGUCGAGGCUAAGAAGCUCGGUGGUGUUAUGGCCUGGAGUCUGGGUGAGGAUACCUACAAUUUCGCGCAUCUGGAUGCUAUGCAGCAGGGAAUUGAGUCUGCUGGUGCUACGGAGGAUUCUGAUUCCUAA